CGUGUGUGCGUGUGUGUGUGUGUGCGUGCGUCCUCGCCUGUGGUUCCACCUUACUGAGUGCAGCCGUCAUGUAUAUUGCAGGGGCUUCCCGGUUACAUAAAGUGUCAGGGGAUUUGUUAUGAAUGGAAGAGAACCCUUUUUCUCCUCUGCAAGGAAGCAGGAUAAUUACUGUUAGGGGUUGAAGAUAAGCUUAUUAAACCACAUCUUACUGUACAUCUCAGAGGUAGCUUUCUCCUCACUUAUGGCCUUUUGCUGAGGACUAAUUAAUGCUACCUUUGCAUUUUUUCCCCAAUUAGCAGAACAGUCCAUGAGCAGAAAAUAAAUCACCCAAAGUACAUUCCUCCAAAAGCAAUCGUUGCCCAUCACAUUGAACUGCACUACCCACUAUCACUAUAUCAGAUAAAGGCAUUUAUUGCUAUGUUAGGGGGAACUUAUAAUAAUAGCAAGGUAAUUCUAACGAAUAACAAUAUUCCAUUCAUAUUUAUUUAACCGCUUCAUUCAUUCAUUUAAGAAACACAGAUGAUUUUGUAUCAAUCUGCAAAACGUCAACGGUUAUGUUGUGCUUUUACGUUUUGUUCAUUAUUGUGUCACAUUGAAUGAGAACCAUUUUAAAUAGUGGCUGCCUUUUAGAUAGAAGUUCUGUCUAACCUCGUCUGUGUUUCCCAGCUGCCCUGUGAAGACCAGAUCAUCUUGCUGAAGGGUUGCUGCAUGGAGAUCAUGUCGCUGCGCGCCGCCGUCCGCUACGACCCGGAGAGCGAGACGCUGACGCUGAACGGCGAGAUGGCCGUGAAGCGCGAGCAGCUGAAGAACGGCGGGCUGGGCGUGGUGUCGGACGCCAUCUUUGAUUUGGGCAAGAGCCUGGCUCAGUUCAACCUGGACGACUCGGAGGUGGCUCUAAUGCAGGCCGUGCUGCUCAUGAGCUCAGACCGUUCGGGGCUGACCAGCAUGGAGAAGAUCGAGCAGUGCCAAGAGUCCUACCUGCUGGCGUUCGAGCACUACAUCAACUACCGCAAGCACAACCUUCCCCACUUCUGGCCCAAGCUGCUGAUGAAGGUGACGGACCUGCGCAUGAUCGGAGCGUGCCACGCCAGCCGCUUCCUCCACAUGAAGGUGGAGUGUCCCAACGAACUCUUUCCCCCGCUCUUCCUCGAGGUCUUCGAGGACCAGGACGUGUGACUGGAAAAAGCGGUAAAAGCACUCAAAAGAACCCUGGACACAUGAAAGGAAAGACCAUUUUUGUGGGGGGGAAGUGGAGAAGGAAAAAAAACUGGAUUUUUUUUUUUCUCUCAGUGUAAACGUGCCCUGUACCCUUUUUUUUUUUUGUCCUCAAACGCCCACCUAUGGCACCAGCAAACACACACAUGGACGUCACCAGUGAGAAACACGCUGUCAUUUAGAUUCCAAACACACUGCCAUGAACGUACAGUCCGAACAUAUGCAAACACAACAAAGAGCUGUACUACACUACCGCAGCCUGAGGGGGUUUGGUUAUGUCUCUACCCCCACCUCAGGGGGUCUCUGGCACCAUUAGCUCCUCAGACGACCCCACCGUCAUCUCCCACGCGUCCUCCUUAACCGCAGUGGCGUCCACCUACCUCCCCCCCACCUACUGACCUCUCCGUCUCACAAACACACAGACACAUGAUAUACAUAUAUACGUGCGCAGAGCACACACACCCCAACACUGUUACCUCAUAUGUCGUGAAAUGUAUUUCCACAUUAUUGUGUGGGUAGUGGCAGUCCGCAAUUACCCAUGUACCUCUCUGCAAGUGUUAGGGGAAGUUACAAUGAGAACACUUUGUAUGAAGCCCUUAUCUACAGUGAAUAUUAUAUACACAUAUAUAUAUAUAUAUAUAUACAUGAGACAUUCUAAUGCAUUACAACAGCUGCUGUGUGCAUUUUUACGUCUCAUAACUGCAGUCACGAGACAAGUAUGAUUGUUAAAGGCUCAGCGACACUGAGCGUUAGAGGAGAAGAUUGAUGCUACGCUAACAGUGCGUUCACACCAAACGUGAGUCGGAACUUCUCGCGUGGCGGCAAUUCAAUAUAAAGACGACAAAUUUGCGUGAUUUGACGCGACAAAGCAUGAACUCAGACUUCUUAUGCAUCGGCAUUGUCGUGUCGUUAUUUCGGCGUCUUUUUUUAUCCGUUUAUUGCAAUUCAAUCACAGCCAAAUCUGUUUAUUUUGGGAUCAUACCGCUGCAGUUAACCAGCGAAAGCAGCUCGGUAAAAUUCACAGAGCGGAUGAACUCGCGGGGAAAAUCCGCUUUACGUUUUAGUGUGAACGCACCGUUAAAAACUCUAUCGUGCUAACAUAGCAAACACUACUAGCUAAACGUCAGCAGUUUAAAGCAGCUACAAUAGAAAAAAUAGACUAGAAAUCAUUGUAUUGUUAUGAUACACAAUCGCUAUAGGCUACAUAGGAAGUGUUUCCACUACUUUUAUUGUACAGUUUCACUUACUGUACUUCAAGAAAUAGUUAAGCUACAAACUUACGCCAUGAAGUGAACAUUUUAAAUCAUGAGACAUGCAUCAUGUUACUCAUAACACUCAUAUACAGUUUAUAAAUAAAUAUAUAUAUAUUGCUAGAAUACCUCUCCAACACAUACCUCCUGUUUUCAUUAC